AUGGCUGUACCUGGACCUCCUCUGCUUCUCCUUCUGUCUGUGCUGCUGCCGCUGCUGUUGAGCAAGGCGUCUCUGCCUGCAGCUGCGUACACACUAACAACCGGACGACAGCCUCAGCCUAAGAUCCUCCACCUGGACUGGCCGAAGGAUUGCGGCAUGGCUCACUUCAAGCCCAACAUGGCUGAGAGGAUUGUGUCAGGGAAUGAGGCAAGACCUCACUCCUGGCCCUGGCAGGUCUCACUGCAGGUUCGUCCCAGGGGAAGCAAACAUUACAUUCAUGUCUGUGGAGGCACUCUGAUCCACAAGAACUGGGUCCUUACUGCUGCCCACUGCUUCCAAAAGGGUAAAGCCGAGGAUGCUGGGAGCUGGAGGAUCGUCUUGGGUAAACACCAGCUGAAGCGCUCAGAGACGGCAGAGAGGAUUUUCCCCGUGAAGAGGAUCUACCGGCACGAGAACUUCCGUUACCCUGCCCACAGCGAGCUGGACUACGACAUCGCCCUGGUGAAGGCUGGCACAGACAUCAUCCCCUCAAACUUCAUCCGCUACGCCUGCCUGCCGCGCAAGCAGACCAGCCUCAAACCGGGACACUACUGCUGGGUGACCGGCUGGGGAGACACCCGCGGUGGAAAGGAGAAUGUGUCUCUGGCUGAAGCUCUGAAUCAAGCUCGCCUGCCCAUCAUUGACUUUAAGACCUGCAGGCAGAAGAAAUUCUGGGGUGAUCGUGUUCGAGACUCGAUGAUCUGUGCUGGGUUCAGGGACACCGAGGACCCUCCUGCUGCAUGCCAGGGUGACUCUGGCGGACCUCUGCUGUGCCAGCUUGGGCGAGAUCGCUGGGAGGUGCACGGUGUGGUGAGCUUUGGCCCCAUUGGCUGCACCGUGGAGAACAAGCCCAGUGUGUUCACCCGCACCGCUGCCUACAUCCCCUGGAUCGAGGCCACGCGCAUCAGGGAUUUCUUCCUACACUGAACGGACCACCUGACAGUAAACAUAAGCUCUGCUUGGUUUUCAUACUCAACUACAUUCUGUUUUUUUCACAGCUAUUGUUUUUUCCAGACAUUUUCUCAAUAACUUCAACUUACAUCAACUUAAGGAUGUAAAAUGUGUUCUAAGUGUGUGACAAUUGUUUUCCUAAACACUGUCAAGUCUAAACUAUGAUCUACUGUGGUUCCAAACAGCAGAAAGUUUUGACUACAAUGUUUACACAUCAUUAU